CUCGUCCGGUUAGCCAGCGUGCCGCAUCCGCAUCUCCGAGGCUGCUGAUGACUGACUGUCGGGUUGAAGAGCGUUGCACACGAUCGUUGCACCGCGUGCAUCGUGAUUGACAUCAGGACUGACUCGUCGUAGACUGACUCCCCCUCAGCCGAGCGGGAUUAUGAAUUGACGCGAUCCCGGAGAGUCCUUCGCCGUUUCUACGCGGCCCCGUCAAGCUCCGUCUCGAACAACGAGCUCGCGAGAGUGCAUUAGAUAGGAAUGGAGUUUGGAGUGGGCGAUGUCGCCCAGAUAUCGGCGGAACUGGCCCGAGUGGUCGAGGUAAUAAUGUCACCCAAUAUAUCUCAGCAGCAACGCCUGGAGGUGUACAAUGCUUGUGAAAGAUUCAAGGAAUCCUCACCACUAUGUGCGCAAUGUGGCUUAUAUCUGGCGCAAAGAUCCCCGGACAGAAGCUCAGUAGUGCGUCACUUUGGUCUACAACUAAUGGAACACUGCGUGAAGUAUCGGUGGACUCAAAUCUCGCAGUCAGAGAAGAUCUUCAUCAAGGAAAAUGCAAUGAAAUUACUUCAAGAAGGCACUGAGCCAUUGCUACAGGAAGAGGCGCACAUAAAGGACGCAUUGUCGCGGGUGGUAGUCGAAAUGAUAAAGCGAGAGUGGCCUCAGCAGUGGCCAACUCUGCUAGCUGAGCUCAGUCAGGCCUGUACGCAAGGUGUGAGUCAGACCGAACUGGUCUUAUUGGUCUUUCUUAGACUGGUGGAGGACGUGGCGCUCCUACAGACACUCGAAUCCAAUCAGAGGAGGAAAGACAUAUAUCAAGCAUUAACCACGAAUAUGGCAGAGAUCUUUAAUUUCUUCUUGAGAUUAAUGGAGCAACACUUUUCGGAAUUUCAGAAGAAAAGUGCCUUAGGACAGACAUCCGAAGCUGAAACACACAGUAAAGCCGUUCAAAUAGUACUGACCACGCUAAGCGGAUUUGUUGAAUGGGUUUCUAUAAACCACGUGAUGGCCGAGGAUGGAAGAUUGCUGCAAAUAUUGUGCCUCCUGCUGGGUGAUCCUAUAUUUCAAUGUUCUGCCGCCGAAUGCCUGCUCCUGAUUGUAAAUCGCAAGGGCAAAGCCGAAGAUCGAAAGCAGUUGAUGAUCUUGUUUUCGGAAGAAGCUUUGAGAUUUAUUUAUACGGCAGCUACUGCACCACCGCCUCUCGCUGGACCUACGAAUUUCCACGAGAAUCAUUAUCUGUUUCUGAAGAAGCUCACACAAGUACUGACAGGCAUGGCGACACAACUGUGCACUUUAUGGGGAAAAGAUGACGCCUCCAGUAUACGUCCAACACACUUCAACCUCUUUCUGGACACUGUACUCACAUUUACCAUGUACUCGAGUCUUACGCUUACGCAUUUAGCGAAUACAAUCUGGGUGAUGCUAUUCAAGCAUGAACACAUCAAGAAUGAUACGUUAUUGUUGACGUACGUGCCUAAAUACGUAGAACACACGGCGCCCAAGCUAAUUCGUGUUGCAUAUCCAUAUGGUAGACAAAGCAAUGGCAUGACCACAUACUGCCACGUUGAUUACGACUCGGAGGAGGAAUUCAACGUUUUUUUGCAUCGUUUUAGAAUGGAUCUGUUAGAGGGAUUUAGGCACGCGACUAUGGUAGCGCCCUUAGUGACGUUUACAUACGUGCAACAAUGGUUGACCGCAAAAAUUACCAAGGGUAUGGCGAAUCUGCAGUACAAGAGUGAUCAGAAUGAUCGAGAGUACCUCGAGUGGGAGGCUCUUGCACAGGCAUUGGACUCCGUUGUGUCUAGAAUCUUGUUGAUCAAUGAACGGCCGAGUGUACAGACCGGUUUGCAGUUGUUGGAACUUUGUCUAGGUUACACUCCACAGGAUCCUUGGCUACUAUCAGCUCUGUUAUCUUGCAUAAGCGCGCUGUUUGUGUUCCUUUCGAUGUCGACCGGCUCAAUGAGCAUGCCGGGCGUCGCUAUCCUGCCGCGCGUCCUUGAAAAAAUCUUUGCCGCAUUGGUGUUCGAAGCACCCAACGAAAAUGAGCGCAAUCGCUCGCGUGCGACCAAAAACGUACGACGACACGCCGCUAGCCUCAUGGUUAAGAUCAGUCUCAAGUAUCCGUUGCUGUUGCUGCCGGUAUUUGAGCAGAUACAUACCAUGGUGCGCAAUCUGACACGAGAACCAAGUCCGUUAUCCCGAAUGGAGAGUGUCAUGCUGUACGAGGCGUUGCUCCUUAUCUCCAAUCACUUCUGCGACUACGAAAGGCAGAAUCGGUUCGUCGCGGAGGUGAUUGGCGACGCGUCCAACAAGUUCAUCACAAUGGGCGAGGAAUGGUUCAAAGGACCGCCAGAAUUUAUGCAAUUCGUGGGAUUGGAUAGACUACCAGUGGAGAACAUGCUCGAGGAUCCGGCCAGAUUCAAUCGCAGUGAUCUUAUGAUGUGCAUUUGUACCGUUUUAAGUGUAGUCAAGCGAUGCUCUAUUCCAGAGGACCCUGACCGCGCGGCAAGGGGUGGCUUCGUUGCUGCUCUCAGCGAAAGUGGUAAUCCGGUUUACCGAAAUCCCGCCGCACCCCAUGUAAUUCCUAUCUUGCCAACGCUCUUCGCGCUGCUGCGAACGAUGAAUGCUCUCUUCACUCCUGCCGCUCUCGCCGUUCUUUCGGAGGGCUACAAAAAUGCUUAUGGACUUUUGGAAUCGGAAAAAGCGAAUCUGUUGGGCGUAAAUGUGACCAAUGACAAUACUAGUGAGACGGAUCAAACUUCGAGUACUUCUCUAGUCCGAAUGCAAUCAUUUAUUAGCACAAUUCACGAUCAGUGCUAUCAUAUGCUGGGCAGUGGCUGUCAUAUGAUUGGUCGAGAUUUCUAUCAGUUGCCCGGAUUUGCAUCAGCAUUGCUCAAUUCAGUUUUCUCGAAUAUGGAGGUAAUUCCAGACUACAGACUGCGUCCGAUUAUACGUGUGUUUAUGAAACCAUUUAUAUACUCGUGCCCGCCAGCUUUUUAUGAGAGCGUACUAGUACCUGUACUGGCUCACGUAUCUACACAUAUGUGCCAAAGAUUAAGUGCAAAGUGGCAAUAUAUUGCGCAUCUGUACGAAUCCGGUGGUCUAGACGAAGAGAACACCGACACACAGGAAGUCAUCGAUGAUAUGCUCAACAGAAAUCUGACGAGAGACUUCGUGGACGUGUUAAAAGUGGCUCUAGUCGGUGGAGCCGCUAGCGACGCUGCGCCUCCAGACAUCAUGGAUCAGGAUAGCGGAGGAAUGGCAGUGGAUCCACCUCUUUCACGAGGAAACAGCAUCGUCGCUGAGGUCGUCAGCGAACUGGGGGCUUUCGUUCUACGUCAUCCAUCUACCUGUCACAGCGUCGUCCUAUGUGUAUUAGGGGCGCUUUCGUGGAAUGAUUCAAACGCGAGUCUCAAGGCGACAAUGUUGACCGGACCUGUAGUGCGAGCUCUAGCAGCCGAUGGUAGUCUCACUCCUUCCAUGGCAGCACACAUCAUGGUUGCCGUUCUCCAAGGUUUACAACUGCAUGGUCAGCAUGAGGCUAAUCAGGGUUGCCUCAUUACUCUUGGCGCACAAGUCUACGAGUGCCUCAGACCGAAGUUUCCGAAUAUAAUCGAGGUGAUGCAGCAGAUUCCAGGAGUUAAUCCCGCAGACUUGCAACGAUUCGAUGAGAAAAUGGUGGUAGUCAGCACAAAGGGCAAUAAGGUUGAAAAAGGAAAGAAGGACCUCUUCAAGAAAAUUACAAAUCAGCUUAUUGGCAGAAGUGUAGGUCAAUUGUUUCGCAAGGAAGUUAAAAUAGACAAUUUACCGCGGAUAGAAAUAUUCGGUAAAUCUCAACAAGUGCGCGUGGACGAGAUUUCGAAGAACGCCACUGAUACCGGAAUAGCAGCAUUGUUCGCUGGGCCUACGUAGCAGAGAGUUUUAGCGAAUUAUGUUUUGCAAAGCUGGUCUAACUCAAUAAACAAUUAUAAAUUAUUGUAAAAAGAUUUCAGAGAAUGACUAUACGGUGACGCAAAAGAAAAGAAUACUCGAGCUCCUAAAUCUGUUGAAAUGGCGUACUUUUUUCUGACAAAAAACGCGAAUUACAAUCUGCGAAUAUAUUUAAAAAGUAAUGAGGCGAUAUCUCCAAUCGCGCUUUAAAUAUUAAUUAAAGAUGUAUGCAAUUUUGCAUAUUUUAAAAUUACAAAUUUCAGAAAUUGUUUUUUCACUUGUAUUUCAUUUAUUUCAAAAUGUUUUCAAAAGUCAGUUAUAAGAAAUAAUACAUAUGAAUAACGCACAAUUUUCAGUAAAAAUUGCAAUUACUUAAAAAAUCAAGGUAAUAUUUUAGAAAUCUUUGGAUAUUUCAUGCCCUCAAUCAUUAGAUGCAUGCAAUAAAAUCUCGGAUAUAUAAAUAUGAAUUGUAAACACAUCUGAUGAACACAUUAUAUAUUUAGAUCAAUAUUUAUGAUGAAUGACUGUCGGAGAAAUUCUUUUUCUGCUUAUUCUGAAAUCGAUUGUAAGUAAUUUGAAACUACUCUACAGAUAUCAACGCGAUACAAGUAUAGUCAAUUUUUUAUGUUCUGUGGAUAUAAUCUUAUUUAUUCUAAUUAAUUUGAAAUAAAUAUGCUUGAAGAAGAUCUUGUUCGUGUUCAUCAUAUUUGAGACUGCAAACAUGUCAUUCAGUAUUCAAUAUCCUAAAAGAUAUAAAUUUCUCACAUUAUCAUUACUUUAACGUACAUUUCGAUGACAUGUCAAAAAACAAUUUCCGAGAUAUUUAUACACAUCACAUAAAAACAAUAUGUCUAGAACAUAAAAAUUGGGAUAAAAUUGUGGAAGGGUUGUACAAUAAGACAUAGCAGAUUAUUGUGAUAAGGAAUGUAGCGAGUAAAAAAAUUUAACAAUAUACUCGAAGUGAGCGACUUAGGAAUCAUAAAGUUAAGUUGCUUUGUAUAAACGUGGAAAAAAGAGAAGUGACAUGUUCUAAGCUGUGACUGAUUUGUGGAAAACCGCGAAUAUUGUAUAGUAUACAAUUCAUUAAUUAUAAUUUUAUUAUAUAUAAUUUUUUUCUUUGCUACUUUUUAAACUAUAUCUCCGAAGUCCGUAAUAUUUAUAGUACAUUAAAUUUGUUUUUUUUAACUUUAUGAGCUUUUUUUUAUUUUUAUUAAUAUUUAAAAGAGAAAAAAGUAAAAAUUUGCGGAAAGUACAACUUAAAUGAAUAAAUCUGUUGCAUUAUACUAUGUUAAGGAUUUCGAAGUAUAGUUUAUUACAUCGGUGUCAUAUAUUUAUACAUAUAAGUAUAUACAUAUUGUACAAUAAAAUCUUAUAGAUUAAUCUUAUAUAGUGGAGUAGAAGAGAAUGAAUUAUAUAUAAUCACACUCAUCUACAUACAUAUAUAUUUGUUUCGAAUGUUCAUAUUAUACGAUUCGUUGAUUUUUUCAAAAGUAUGGAUCGAUGCCGAAAAUGUAUAUCUAUUCGCAACAAAAAGUCGAUAAACGUCUUCCUUACAACCGAGUUUUCUCGUGAAAUAAUUGAAACCGCGGUACAAAUUAUAAAUCAAAUUUAUACGAUACUACAUUUACAUGUGAAUUGAAACGGCAGUUUUAAUCAAGAUAUACACGCGAGAACAUACGAAGAGACAUUUGUACAUUACGAUUAUUACACUCUUAAUAUAUAAAAAUAGGAAAAAAUCUCCAAAAAUAAAAUUAAACGUAAAGAAAAUGUUUGAGCAACUUGCGAUCGAUUACUGCCGAGUAAAUUAUAAAAAAAAAUUUAAGAUAAUUUUUGAUGAUUUUAUUUGAUUAUUAAAAAUCAUAUUUAACUUUAAUUGACCUCACAAGUUUUAAGGAAAACUUGCAAUUAAUAGUGAAUGAUGGUUUUUGACUUUGUCAUAACAAAUCGUUGAAAAUGUUCAUCAACAGUAUCAAAUAAUUUCGAGUUAGGUUUAUAUUCUUAUAAAAUACUUCCUGACAAAUGACUACACUUUAUUUCACUGAAAAGCAUUCAAUUGAGGACCAAAAUAUUUUUUUGUCAUUCCUUAGACAUACGAUAUUUGUAUUUUCGUUGCGAUUCACGAUUUACAUAUAUUUUUUUACGCUAAUUAUGAAAUGUUUUAAUCUAGCAUUAAGUGUUUCGUGAAUUGUGAAUUCACAAGUUACAUCAAGUCUUUAUGCAUGCAUGUUCAAUCUCAAUUUACUCAUUUUCUUUACGUUUACUCUUAAUAUAAAAAUGCGAUAAGCGCGCAAAUGACGAGAUUAAUGCACAUCGAAAAGAGAGUAAGCAACUAA